AUCCACAGCAUCCUUAGGAGCAGCCUUCUUCUCCUACCUCCUCUGCAUCUGGUAAAAUUCCUGCAAAGAUGUCCUGCCAGCAAAACCAGCAGCAGUGCCAGCCCCCUCCCAAGUGUCCCUCACCCAAGUGUCCCCCAAAGAGCCCAGCACAGUGUCUGCCUUCACCCUCUUCUGACUGUGCUCUAAGCUCCGGGGGCUGUGGCCCCAGUUCUGAAAGUGGCUGCUGCCUGAGCCACCACAGGCACUGCAGGUCCCAUCAAUGCCAGCGCCAGAGAUCCAACUCCUGUGACAGGGGCAGUGGUCAGCAAGGCGGGGGCUCCUGCUGUGGCCAUGGCUCUGGGGGCUGCUGCUGACCUGGAUCCUGAUGAUGAGACAAGUGAUCUUUGGAGGAAACAAGGAUCCCAGGGGCCCAGGAAAAGCUCCAUCCUGAUGCAUGCUUUUCCAGAUACCUUGUUCUGGCUUUCACAAGCUGAGCUGGGGGUGUUCCUGUUGAGUAUCCAAGCUGUCCCCAGAAGGUGCUUCCUGUCUGGU